GAACUCGGCUCCCACUCGGCCGAGUCGACCGAGUGACUCUAUGCCUUUCUCCUCCGACCGUCUCUCUCUGUCUUCAGAUGCAUAUGUAAAACCCCAUCUUCCAUUUUUGAUCUCUUCUUCUUCCUCCUCACUACGCCCUCGCCGCCGCACAACCCUAAGCUCCUCGGCUUGUCACAGAAGCCUAAUCUCCGUUCCGCCUGAAACCUAAGGUCCGCCCCCUCCGGUGCCGCCCGAUGGUCCGCGCGUACACACAGGAUCAUGUGUACCACCACCCGUGGGACCGCGUGACGACGGCCGCCUGGCGCAAAUUCACGGAUCCGGACACCCCGGCCCUCCUCUCCCACAUCGUCGACGUCCACACCCUCCACCGCCGCCUCGACCCCGCCUCCGGCCGCCUCCACGCCGUCCGCUCCAUCACCGUCCGGUCGCCACCCCUCCCCUUCAUCCUCCGCCGGAUCCUCGGCCAGGAUGCCGUCGUCUGUCACUGCGUGGAGUCCACGGUGGUCGACGCGCGCGGGCGGUCCAUGGAGAUCGUGGUCCGCAACGCCAGCCUCCGUGGCCUGCUCGAGGUGGAGGAGCGGUCCACCUACCGGCCCCACCCGGACCUGCCGGAGGGGUGGACCGCCUUCCGGCAGCAGACCAGCAUUCGGUGCAAGCCGCUCUCGGCGCUUGCGGCCGUCGCCGAGAAGGUGGAGCAGCGGUGCGCCGAGAGGUUCCAGCAGAACAGCGUCAAGGGGAGGGAGGUCGUCGAGAGGAUCUGCAAGUAUCUGGAGGCCGAGGCCUCCGCGGCCAUUUCUUGCUGAUGCCAUGCAAUCUGUGAAGGGCCAAACACAAGAGACAAAGGUAAGGGUGUUGUUCCCCUCUUGCGAUCCAUUUGAAAUCCAUAGAAUAAGGUUAUGAUGUUGUCGUUGAUGGUCCUUUAUUGGAUAAUGUACUCAGAAAUGCUUCAGAAAUUGCUGUCAGCUAUUCCUUGUUGUUGUUGCCUAA